AUGACAACCUCUGGUGAUAUUACCGGCUUUCCAGCUCCUGGACUUCGUGAUCCUUUCCGUUAUGUUACAGGCCACGACGGAAGCGGCAACUCAAUUUUUGUUCAGACCGACCAUGGAGAUCACCGAGCUAUCAUGGUCGAAGGCGCUGCUGCUCAAGCCAUUUUUUAUAGCACUGGAGAAAAUCCAGUGGAGGUCAAUGGCAAUACUGAUAUGGAAUUUGUAAAAACGAGGCCGUCUCUACAUAUCCCAAACGGAUGCGUGGUCCGAAUGAUUGACUUCGCUCCUGGUGUUGAAUCUAACCUUCACCGAGCUUUGUGUAUAGGCAUCGGUACGGUUUGCGAAGGGGAAAUGGAGUUGAGUCUGGACAGUGGGGAGAAGCGCAUCAUGCACCCAGGGGACGUGUCUGUCAACCGCGGUGCAAUGCAUCGCUGGCGAAACGUCUCCAAAGAUAAGCCAGCACGUAUGCUCUAUGUGCUGCUUGAUGUUAAGCCGAUCAUUGUGAACGGAAAGGCCCUAGAGUUCGAUCUAGGCUACCUUGAGCAUGAAUAUGCUGAUUAUGAGGGGGCUGAGGACGGAACCGAGAAGGUCAAUGAGACGUAG